AUUGGUGCUACAUUGUUAUCACAUAUCUUAUUUUUAGUGUUCUGAUUCGGUUGAAGAAGUUUGAACUUUUUUUUAUUUUUUUUAUUCAUUAGUUGUUUGGUUGAUGAGUAUUGAAUCAGAUUCAUUUGGUAGAGAAGUAUUGAUUGUAGUUUACUCAGCUUACACUUGUAGUUAGGAUUACUACUUGUUUGAUUUCAGCUUAAAUUUAUGCUAUGGAACUUUAGAUUUGUGUGUACUUGAUUAGUAGAAUCAAGGGCUGUGUUUAUAUAUAAGCAAAUUAGGAGAUAUGAAGGGAAGGGUUUUAAGGUGGAUCUUAGGUUUUUUUUCAGAAUGAGAUUUAGGGAUGCAGAAAAUGAUCUUUUGUUAACUGUAUUGAAUUGAUUUUCUUGGUUUAGAUUGUGGUUUACUGAGUUUGAAAAAUGGGAGUUGAAAAAGAAGGGACUAGAAGUGGAGGUAGUUUUUUCCACUUAUUUGAUUGGACUUCGAAAUCGCGAAAGAAAUUAUUUGCAUCCAAAUCAGAUUUACCAGAGUCUUUGAAACAGGAAAGGAAAUCUAAUCACAAUGGGGCAAUGAGACAUCCCUAUCUGGUGGAUGAAGAUGACAAUGGUGUAGGGGAAUUUGUUAGAGGAAGUUGUGAUCAUAGUUAUGCUUCAUCUGUUACAAGUGAUGAAACGUCGGGAACAAGAGCUCCUAAUGUAGUUGCGAGGCUUAUGGGAUUAGAUUCUUUGCCUCCUUCUGGUUUCUCUGAUCCCUACUCUUCUCCAUAUUUUGAUACCAGAUCCCUUCAAGACGAGGCUCAAUUCCUUAGGAAAAAUCAUGAGGAACUGAGAGUAUUGAAGGGAUCUGGUAUAAUGGAGGCUCAGCCUCAGAAGACGGUUAUUAGGCCGAUUGAGAAGUUUCAGAAAGAAGUAUUACCUCCGAAGUCAGCUAAAUCGAUUCCAGUUACGCACCAUAAACUUUUGUCCCCUAUUAAGAAUCCCGGCUUUGUUCCGUCCAACAAUGCUGCUUAUAUAAUGGAGGCUGCUGCGAGAAUUAUCGAACCUGGGUCUUCCCAAGCAAAGGCUAAAGCACAUAUGGCAUCAUCGACAGUCUCAUUGAGGGUUAAAGAUCUUAGAGAUAAGUUAGAUUCUUCGCAAAAAGGGCCUCUAAUUGGGACAUCUUCCGUAGCUUUUAGGACUCGAGAGCUUAAAGAAAGAAGAGACAUUUCUCAAAGAACAAGCAGGGUUUCAGAACCUUCUCAAAAGUCAUCAUCAGCCGAAUUGAAUGCUACAAAGUAUUUAAAGGGACAGUCUUUAAACAGAAGCUGGAAUGGAACCGCGGAAACAUCCGUCAAGUCUCCUACACAUGCAGAAGAAGAUACUUCUUUGAAGAAUAAGGGGAAAUCCGCUUCUUUGAACAGAAGCUGGGAUGGAACUGCGGAAACAUCCGUCAAGUCUCCUACACAUGCAGAAGAAGAUUCUUCUUUGAAGAAUAAAGGGAAAUCUGUUUCGCUUGCAAUCCAAGCAAAAGUGAAUGUUCAAAGAAGGGAAGGUUUGAGCUCUACCGGUGGCAGAAGUUUGAUGAACCAAAAAGAGCAUCUCGACGCGAAAUCAAAUCAGCCACCUAAGGCAAAUGCUCAGAAAAAUUUGCAUAGGAAAUCUUCUUGCCAGAAUUCUUCUUCUAAUGUUCUCAGGCAGAAUAAUCUGAAACAGAACCAUUCAAUGGAUAUGAACGACAAAUUAAUACCAACUAAGCCGUUGGUUCCCAAUUCACAAGGUAGAAAAGUUAUAACUGGAGAUUCCUCUUACGGCCGGCAUAGAAGCUCUAAUGGUAAAUCCACCGCGAAAUCUAAAACUGGAUUGAAAAAGUCAGCCGUGGAGGUGACAGAUAGCGAAAACGAAAUUCUAUAUACCCGCACAAACAAUUUCCCUAGAAAGAAAAGGACUACAGACAAGGACUGGAACGAUAGAGUUGUGGAUAAUUUGUUCAUCGAUAAAACUCCAAAGCCUGUUAAGCAUGAAGAAGUGAAAAAGAAAGACAUGGACGUAGUUUCCUUCACAUUCACUACACCGUUAACAAGGAGCAGCAGUCCAGGUUUCGAGACACCUCGACAAGGUGUAAAGAAUACUAAUGAUCUUUCAUUGGAUCAACGCAUUAAAAGAGUGUUGCUUGACGCAGACAGUUCGAGGUCUCCGAUAGGAUAUAAUGUAAUUGGUGGUGACGCCUUAGGUAUACUUUUAGAACAGAAACUGAGGGAAUUGACAAGUGGAGUUGAAAACUCAUCUUCCAGUGAUGUUUCUAAAGCGAGGCAACUUUCAAAUUCCGCACCAAUGUCAAAUGAUCAAGUAACCAACUUUAAUAUAGUAAACCUCAAUCCAAGAUUGCAGCUGAAGAAAGACCAAGACAUGUCGUUUUCGGACAGUCUAAGCAGUAGCCGUGGCUCUAACACAUCAUUCACCAAUCAUCAAGAAUCAUCAUUGAAACAACAUAAAUCAUGGGGUGAUGAGAUGGAACCACUGUCAUCCAAUUGCCGACAACCAAGUCCUGUAUCCGUUCUUGAACCGUCUUUUUCAAUCGAAAGUUGUGAAUCCUCGAUGAGCAUGGACGUUACUAGUACAGAAGGAAGCAAGAUGUUUUCAUCUAUUCAAGCUCAGGAGAUCCAUGGCUUUAAUUUUUCGAGGAAAUUCUAUCCCUCAGAAUCCGACGCAGAGUUAUCUGAUUCAGCUUCUUCAACCUCGACCAGGACUAUGAUUAAGAAGCACGCGGAUACAUUUUGUAUGAAGUUUGGAAGAUCAUCAAGUACAUGGGAGCUAGAAUAUGUUAAAGAGAUACUAUGUAAUGUUGAGUUGAUGUAUAUAGAUUUUUCCCUGGGCCGAUCACGCGAGGUUGUGAACUCGCAUCUGUUCAGUCAGUUGGAAAGCCGAAAGGGAGGUUUCAAGAGCGAUGACGAAUCGAGGAUAGAAAGGAAAGUUAUAUUUGAUAUUGUGAGUGAAUGUAUGGAUUUGAGAUGCAGGAGUUAUGUAGGAGGAGGAUACAGAAUGUGGAGUAAAGGGUUUGAAAUGGUGAGAAGAAAAGAUUGGUUGGCAAAAGAUGUGUACAAGGAGAUUUUGGGGUUGAGAGGGAUGAGAGAUUCAAUGGUAGAUGAGCUUGUGGACAAGGAUUACCAAUAUGAAAAGUGGUUGGAUUAUGAGGUUGAUGCUUUUGAAUUUGGUGAAGAAGUUAUGGAUCAAAUUUUUGAUUCUUUGGUUGAUGAUGUUUUCUAUGAAAUGUUGCAAGUUUAAAUUAAACACUUUGAUUAUUGAUUUUCUGGCUGUUUGGUUGAAAUUGAAAUCAUUGUUGUUUUCUUAUUUAUUCAUUCAUGGAUGUUGUAUUAUCAAGAAUUUAUAAAUAUAAUUAUAGGUAUUUUCUA